AAGUUGAUAAAGCUGAGCUGGCUGCUCCUUUUGGGCUGUUUUGAGUUUAAAGGCAGUUGUUGUCAACGACUUUCUCUCGUUGGGAGCAGUCGCUAUUUUCAGGGAUAUUUUUGUGCACAAGGUGGCAAACACACUUCCCUGGUUUGCUGCCCACGUUUCAAACAAGCCGAAUUCAACUUCUUUUUUUUUUUAUAUAUAAAAGGCGUUCUUGCUCCAUCAUAUUGACGCCAUGGACCCCGCCAGUCAAGAUAUCAACCUGAACUCUCCUAACAAGGGUCUUGGUGUGGAUCGUUCAGACAGCCUGUCUGAUGUGCCCGUGGAGGGAGCGGUGGGUAACUCUGCUAACCCUCUCCCACCAGGCCUCACAGAAGAAGAAGCUGAGGAGCUCCACACUGAGCUAACCAAGGUGGAGGAGGAGAUCACCACCCUGCGUCAGGUUUUGUCAGCCAAAGAGAGACACGCUGCAGAGCUGAAGAGGAAACUCGGCCUCAACCCGCUCAACGAACUCAAGCAGAAUCUCACAAAGAGCUGGCAAGAUGUACAGACCUCCAACGCAUAUCGGUCUGCCUCAGCCACUUUGGAUGACAUUACCCACACUGAAGCAUACAAGAAGACUCAGGAGACUCUUUCCCAGGCGGGACAGAAGACGACUGCAGCUUUCAACACAGUGGGCACAGCCAUCAGCAAGCGGUUCGGCGACAUGAGAGCUCUUCCUUUCUCUAAUUCCUUUAGCAACUAUUCCAUUCGCCACUCGAUAAGUAUGCCGGCCAUGAGAAACUCUCCAACCUUCAAGUCAUUUGAGGAUAAAGUCGGGAACCUGAAAUACAAGGUCGUCGGCUCCAGAGGAAACGGAGACGCCGUUGGCUCCCCCACUGGCUCCACCCCCACUCAGGAGAACCCACCUUUCUGAGUGCACACCCACCUCCUCCUCGCUGCCAUCUUCCUCACGACCUUUAGACUGUACUGAUACCACUUUUCAUUACAGAGUUAGCCCAGAUCUCUGACCCUCCACCUCAGCGACUCACCACCUCUCGCUCGUCCUCAGAUCCACACCGGCGGCAGUUUUAAGACUCUGGUCUGAGGUGGGAUGUACUUUCCUCCACAGACCUCACACUGCUGGUCCCAUCGCCUCCAUUUUUCUGCCUUGCUGUGGUUUUUGAUGUUUAAACCUGAAUAAUGAUAAAUCCUCCUCCUAUACUGACUCCUUGAUUAGAUUUUCCACCCUUUCUUAGUCCAAAUAAGACCUUUUUAAUCAGGUUUAAUCAGGAAAAAGAAAAGACUAAAGAGGCGUUAAAAUGAAAACAUGGAGUUGAUUAGUCUCGUUCUUUUUGCUCCAAGCUCAGAUAUUCACAGGCUUAUGCAAAGUUGUGGUUUCAUAGCUUGUUAAUCGUCUUGUUUCUGAGUCUCAUCGUCUACUGAAGUGAUGCAUUUACACUGUGAGCACGUUAGUUUCACCACUUCUUUACUUCACGGCUAUUUGCAUGCCAGCAGUGUAAACGCAGGCUUCGCUCGGGGGUUUAGAGGUUAGUUCGGACUCUAAGGGUAGCUUCAGAUCACCUCCACCCUCGUAGAUCUGCUGCUUGGACCGCGAGCGUGUUUCAUCUCAGUUCCCGUUCACACCCUGCAGAGACCACCGAGGCGUCGCACACCAACACCCAGGAUGUAAAAACAGGAAAACCAUUUUGUAUUAUAAUCUAUUUUACACUGCUUUGCAUAAUGUUUUUACAUAAUUUUUAUCAAAAUGUACAAAUAUAUAUGACUAUAAUAUAUUGACAAAGACACUGCUAAAUGGAGGAAAAUAGCAAACUAAAAACAACACUGUGGGUCGGCUUUUGUCUGUCAGGACAAACACUAAUCAAACCAGGAGCUCAAAUAAAAGUGGUUUUUAAGGUCAGAACACUUUUUUUAAGUCCUGGUUUGACUUCAGUUCGUUUUCUUCUAACAGAACUCGGCAUGAGACGAUGCUUCGCUGUGUAAACUACCUGCUGAAUGUCAGUUCUUCUCAUCGGCCUUACUCUUUAAAUGGUUCACCAGUUACGAUCCCGCUGUUAGAAAAGGAAUGCCUCUCCUUUUGUUGUCUUUUUACCCUUCUUCUUUUGGGAUUUAAGUUGUGGUGUGGUUGAAGGAGGGAGAGUUGAAGCUUGAAAGCGUGUCAUGGACAAACCUCUGGCUGCCAUACAACCCUUCCUGCACUUAAACAGGUUGUUUUGCAUCUUUGCUGCUUCAGAUACACGUUUCUUCUCACAAACUGCUUUGCCAAAUCAGUUUAGAAAGUGUAAAUUACCAGAAUAUUCUCCUAAAAAAAGUUGAGCAACCUAUGCUGUUUUUUUUGUAUUAUUUUUUUUUUUUUAUUAGAUUUCAUGUUGCCAAAAAAAAUAGAAAAGAAAAUGGCUUCUCUUGUAUGCUGCCUCAGCUUUAGCAUCUCCAGCUGCAGGAGAAGUGGUUUCAGGCAUUAUAGAUAAUUGCAUCGUGUCGCUUCAUAACAUACUAGAACAUAAUCUAGAGUUUCUCAUAAAUAUUCACUUCAAGAUGAGAAUGAGUAGAAGUAAAAUAUAUACAUUAAACUCCAGACGAUGGUUAAUAAAUAUGAAUUAAAGACAGUUUAUGAACACUUCUGUGUAUUAUCCUGUUUUUGUUUAUAUUUUCUUGUUUAUGUGAUGUUUUUUUUUCUUCUUUUUUUGGAAGAGACUUUAUAAAUGGUCAGAUUAUUAUGUUACCAGUUGAAGUUGCCAAUAUUUGAGUUUGUUACAGAAUUUCUUCUCGACUGCCUCUGAAUCUCCUCCAGUCCUCUUUCCUUAAGGAAAACUCCGUACACACUACAAGAAAUACUUUUCUUUGUUUUGCCAUUAAUGUUAAAAUUUGCUCCUUAAAGAAUUAUUUCUUCCUCUACUGGUAAAACAUGAUUUAAAUGACUCCAGGUGGAUUUUUCUUGUAGUGCAGCCGUUUCCUGGCAACAGCUGGACGAGGAUGAUCUACUUUUUGUUUUGGGUGCCAUGGGGAAGUGCAGCAGAACAGCUUUAUUUAGGUCCUGGGCUUAGCAGUUAUAGAUUGUACAAAAAAAAAAAAAGGGAUCAUAUAUGAAAAUUAUGGUCAAUUAAUUGGGGACAAAGGUUUCAGUUUUGUUGUGUAUGUUUGGUAAUCAAUAAAGCAUUCCUUUAAAUUGUG